UCUCCCCCUUUAAAACCUUUUUCCCCCUCUUAUCAAAAAAGAAUCACAAAAAAAAAACGAAAACCUGAGAGGGAAAUCGGCCAUGCGAGCCUCUCAAAUCAUGCCUAAUUUCCAGAGCUCAGUUUGGCUCAAAUAUGUCAAACAUAGUUUUCAGUACCUUGUAAACCACUUUCUCACUUUUCUCUUAGUCCCUAUAAUGGCAGCAUCGGCUGUUGAGCUUUUACGCAUGGGUCCGAAAGAGAUCCUUCGUCUGUGCGACUCUCCCCACUUAGGCCUCGUCCAUAUACUCUGUUCGUCUCUCUUCAUUGUUUUCAUGGCCACUCUCUACUUUAUCUCCAAGCCAUACCCCAUUUACUUGGUUGAUUACACAUGUUAUAAGCCACCAGGCACUUACAGAGUACCACGCUCUUUCUUCCUAGAGCAUCUUAAACUCUCGCCCUCCUUUGAUCCAGAAAGUGUAAAAUUUCAGUUUCGAAUUCUGGAGCGCUCCGGUUUGGGGGAAAGGACCUGCGUGCCCCCCGCUCUCCACUACAUAGCGCCAGACCCAACCAUGGCUGAUGCUCGAGCUGAGGCUGAGCUUGUUAUCUUCUCUGCCAUGGACGCAUUAUUUGAACGUACGGGGAUCAAGCCUCAAGACGUUGAUUUCUUGAUAGUGAAUUGCAGUAUGUUUUCCCCUACUCCUUCGCUAUCAGAUAUGGUGAUCAACAAGUAUAAGAUGAGGAGCAACAUCAAGAGCUUCAACCUAUCUGGAAUGGGAUGCAGUCCCAGCCCCAUCUCUGUCAAUAUAGCUCGUGAUUUAUUGCAGGUGCAUGCAAAUGCGUACGCAGUGGUGGUGAGCACGGAGAUCGUCACCCCCAACUGGUACACCGGCAACCAGCGGUCCAUGCUCCUCCCAAACUGUCUCUUCCGGAUGGGAGCUGCCACCCUCCUGCUCUCGAACCGCCGCAGAGAAAGCCGCCGCGCAAAGUACCGUUUGAUGCAUGUUGUGCGCACCCACCGUGGCGCUGAUGAUCGUGCCUACCACUGUGUCUUCCAGGAGGAGGAUGUCCAACGAAAUGUCGGCAUAUCGCUCUCCAAAGAUCUCAUGGGAAUUGCAGGUGAGGCCCUCAAAUCGAAUAUCACGACUAUGGGACCCCUCGUUUUGCCGGCUUCUGAACAACUCCUCUUCCUUCUCUCUCUAUUUGCUCGAAAGAUAUUUAACCUGAAGUUGAAGCCUUAUAUUCCUGAUUUUAAACAAGCUUUUGAGCAUUUCUGCAUACACGCGGGAGGGAGAGCGGUGAUCGAUGAACUGGAAAAGAAUUUGCAGUUGUCUCCGGAGCACGUUGAGGCAUCGAGGAUGACACUUCAUAGGUUUGGGAACACAUCAUCGAGUAGUUUGUGGUAUGAGAUGAAUUACAUUGAGGCUAAAGGGAGGAUGAAAAAAGGUGAUAGGAGUUGGCAAAUUGGGUUCGGGAGUGGGUUCAAAUGCAAUAGUCUGGUUUGGAAGUGCAACCGAAGCAUCAAAGCAGAGGCUGACGGGCCAUGGGCGGAUUGCAUCGACCAAUACCCCGUGCAUACCGUGGAGGCUGUCAAGCUCCAACAGUGACAUACGUAUUAGAGCGAGCAUGUUGGAGAAUUAAAAUUCACAUGGUCGGCACCAAUAAAUUGAUAAAAAAAAAGCUAAAAUAUUGAUGAUGACGAUUUGUUAAAGAAAGUAUAUAUUAUUAGAAUGAUAGUUGUAGGAUGUGUUAUGUAUGCUUGUGAACCCCAAAAAAGUGACAUCUAUGCAUAUGCACAUGUCUAUAUAUACAUAUAUUGAAAUUGACGUGUUGUUUA